GCCGGGGCGCAGGGCCAUGGAGAGCUUCAUGGAGUCGCUGAACCGGCUGAAGGACGUCCACGAGAAGGAAGUCCUAGGCCUGCAGAGCAAGCUUCUGGAGCUGAAUUCUGAGCGGUGCCGGGAGGCACAGAGAGUGGAGGAGCUGUUCGCCAAGAACCAGCAGCUCCGGGAGCAGCAGAAGGUGCUGGAGGAGAACCUGCGGGCGCUGGAGAACAGGCUGAGGGCCGGUCUGUGCGACCGCUGCAAGGUCACCCAGGAGCUGGCCAGGAAGAAGCAGCUGGAGCUGGAGAGCGCGCACCUGCAGAGCCUGCAGCGCCUCUGCGUCCUCACCAAUGAAGUGAACGGGCUGAAGGAGGAGAACGAGACGUUGAAGGAGGAGGUGAAGCGACUUCGGGGCCCGCAGGACAGAAUGGUGCCGCUGGCCAGGGAGGGCAGCCCAGACCCCCCGUCCCCACCGCCGCUCCCCUCCCCCGGCAGCUGGAAGUCCGUCCCUGAGAAGCCCCCGGGCGGCCCCGAGGAGGCCGAGGAGGACCCCCCUGACGCAGACAAGCCGGCGGGCUACAGGACCUCACCCGGGACUAAAAUCUCCCCCCGCGCCAGCCUGCCUGAGCCCUGCACGCCAGACGUGAGCCCCCAGCGCAUUUCCAACCAGCUGCACUCGACCGUGGCCGUGGUGCGGCCUGGGUCCCGGGCCUGCCCUGCGGACUGCGGCCCCGCCAGGGUGACCCCGCCGCUCACCGCCACCGGAAGCCCGCCCAGCCCGGCCUGUGAGCACAGCGCCCUGGACAGCUUCCUGCCGGCCUCCCGCACCUCCGCCCUGGCCCUCGAGGCCCUGAAGCGCUCCCUUCAGGCCGACCGCCUCUGCCUGCUGAGCCGCCCGCCGGCCCUGCGCCUGCGCGGCCCCCGCCCGCGCGCCCCGGCCCCCGCGGGGGGCCCCCGCAGCCCCGAGCCCCCGGGCCCGAAGGCCCAGCACACGGAGGCCUGGGAGGAGCCCGCGGGCCCGCCGGGCCUGCCCAGCGCCUUGGUGGGCAUGCAGGACCCGCGGCUGGAGGGGGCGCUGCACCUGCUGCUGGCCCAGCAGCACCUGUGGGCGCGGGCCCGGGCGAGCAGGCCAAGGGGCGCGCCCCCCCCUCGAGAGGCGCCCGCUUCCCCGGCGGCUGGCUCGGACUCGGACGGCCCCGGGGGGGAGGUGCUGGGAGCCGGCACCGCGGCCCCUCUGGGCAGGUGGCCCCCGCCCCCUACGGGCCCCGGCAGCCUCCGGGAAAAGGAGGGCGCCGCCCCUCGGGACUACAGCUGGGACAAACCCCUGGACCUCUCGGACCCGGCCCGCGGCCGGAACUCCGAGUCCUCUGGCCGGCCCCGACCCCCCAGCCCGGCCGCCGCCCCCACCUGCAGUCCGGAGCCCGCCCCGCGCGCACCCCCGGCCCCCAGUCCCCGCCCGGCACUCAGCAACGGCACCGAGGGGACCACAGAGACGGAGCCUGAAGAAUCCCCCCUUCCCACGGUAAGGACGCCGUCCCUGCCCGCAGCCUCCGAGCCCCCCAACUCUAGGCUGGCGUCCGUGCUGGCGGCAACCGGGCCCCCUGGCGUCUCCUCCCUGGCCACCAGCCAAGCCGCCCCCUCCCUGCGUCUUCCAGAGCCCAGCGAGGCUAGAGGGCAGAGGGCAGACUCGGACGGACGGGACGCACCUGCCGCCGCGGACCGCGAGGGGGAUCCCCAACCCCUCUCCCGGGCCGGCCCCGGUGCGGCGGCCCCGCCAGGGGCGUCCACCGCAUCCCCGGGGGGCACCCACGGCGCCCAGGCGGACGCCGGCUCCGAGGCGAGCCCCACACGGAGCACGCCGGGGCAGGGGCCUUGGCAGGACCUGCAACACAAGAGGAAGAGGGCCCCGGACGCGGAGGACACAGCUUGUAAGAAGCCAUCCCAAGGGAGGAAAUCCAGGGAGCCCCUGACAGCAGCCGAGGAGCCUGAGAGCCCACCAGGCCCUGAGGACCGCAGCCCCUCCCCUGGCAACGGCCGCCGGGAGACCUAG